CUGUCAUUCUCUAAUGGCUGUACUAAGAAGUCGACGGAGAAAACCAUGAGGCGAUAUUUUGACACUCGCACCUUAAUGUAUGAUACGGUCGGUAAUUUAGUCAGCGUCGACUUACAGUCUUUAAAGGUAGGCCUAACAAACUAGAUUUCUCAGUAGACUGAAUGUCGUCGACGUUAUGGAAGUAAUGUGCCAUACAUAAUAAGUCUACGUGUGCACGUGCCUUUUCGGUGCGCAAAACUUGCGCCUUUUCUAUUUUAGUUCAAAACUAAAACUUAUUUUCGAGUUGUGGGCUGUAACGUGGAAGAUGCUGUGGCUGGUGGACUUCUGACCAGCUUUAGCUACGUGACAUUGGGUUUUCUCCCUCCCUGCCCGUAAGCACAGCUCUUAGAUCGCCCUGGCAACGAAUCCUUGCAGCGGCUCUGACAUGUCGCUGUGGCGCCUCUUUGUCAACAAAUGCUGCUCUAAUUAGCCAUUUUACAUCUACAUUUGGUCUAAUUAUAUUUGCACCAUGCAAAACAGUUUCAGUUACGUAGUCAUGGUCGGUUAUAUGUAAAACCAAAAGGGAGAAGUGAACGUGUUUGUCGCAGUUGGUAGGAGUUCGCGUUGGGAAAGUCACUACUCUCAGCGACAAAAUGCCUGUUAGACGAGGUCAUGUCGCUCUCCAGAACACCUACCUGGACACUAUCAUCCGCAAGUUUGACGGUCAAAACCGCAAGUUCCUCAUCGCCAACGCCCAGAUGCAGAACUGCGGCAUCAUCUUCUGCAACGAGGGCUUCUGCCAGCUGUUCGGCUUCUCGCGGGCAGAGAUCAUGCAGCAGCCGUGCACCUGUCCCUUCCUGGUGGGGCCGGGCACCAUGAAGAGCUCCUUGGGCCAGCUGGCACAGGCGGUGCUGGGCUCCGAGGAGCACAAGGUGGAGAUCCUCUACUACACCAAGGAAGGUGCAUGCAGGCCGUGUCUGAUAGAUGUGGUUCCAGUGAAAAACGAGGAGGGCGUGGUCAUCAUGUUCAUCCUGAACUUCCAGGAGCUGCUGGACUCUUCCCACAAGAAGAAGGGAGGGCUUAGACAGAGGAUGAGUCAGGGAUGGAUACGCACAGCCCAGAGUCGCCGCAUGAGGCUACGGUUCCCUUCUCUGCACUCCAUCCGAAGAGCCUCUCUCUCCAAAGACCAGUUUGAAGGAGUGGUGGUAGAUUACCUGCAGCCUUCCAGUGAGCAGCUCCCUCUGAAGGAGUUCCGCAUCCCGUCCAAGGAGAGCUGCCUGCAGUCGGAGACCCAGGCGCUGAUCCAGGAGGACCCCCCCGCGCUGGCCCACUCCUCCACCCACUCCUCGCUGUCGCACCUCCCCCCGCACCAGCACCAGCACCUCCCCCCGCACCAGCACCUGGAUCCCAACGGGCCGCUGGGCCCACGCAGCCAAUCACACGAGAGCCUGCACAGCCUCCGCCGCGCCUCCUCGCUCGACGACAUCGACAGCGUGAGAGUCGACUGGACCGGCAGGGCUGGAGACCCACGCCCCUGCAGCAACCUGAAGAAGCCGAGCUUGAUCAACUCCACGUCGGACUCGGACCUCAUGCGCCACCGCGCCCUCAGCGCGCGCAUCCCGCAGGUGACGCUCUCGUUCCCCACCGAGCGCCUGCGCCCCCCCUCCCCCACCGAGAUCGAGAUCAUCGCCCCCAGCAAGGUGAAGGAGCGCACGCGGGACGUCAGUGAGAAGGUCACACACGUCACACAGGUCCUGUCUCUGGGGGCGGACGUGCUUCCUGAGUACAAGCUGCAGGCGCCGCGCAUCCACAAGUGGACCAUCCUGCACUACAGCCCGUUCAAGGCGGUGUGGGACUGGCUCAUCCUGCUGCUGGUGCUCUACACGGCCGUCUUCACGCCCUACUCCGCCGCCUUCCUGCUCAACGAGCAGGAGGAGAAGCGCCGGCGCACCUGCGGCUACACCUGCAACCCGCUCAACGUGGUGGACCUGGUGGUGGACGUCAUGUUCGUGGUGGACAUCAUCAUCAACUUCCGCACCACCUACGUCAACCGCAACGACGAGGUGGUGAGCCAGCCGGCGCGCAUCGCCCGCCACUACCUCAAGGGCUGGUUCCUCAUCGACAUCGUGGCCGCCAUGCCCUUUGACCUGCUCAUCUUCCGCUCCAGUCCAGACGAGCCUCAGACCACCACGCUGAUCGGCCUGCUGAAGACGGCGCGUCUGCUGCGCCUGGUGCGCGUGGCCCGCAAGCUGGACCGCUACUCGGAGUACGGCGCCGCCGUGCUCUUCCUGCUCAUGUGCACGUUCGCGCUCAUCGCCCACUGGCUGGCCUGCAUCUGGUACGCCAUCGGCAACGUGGAGCGCACCAGCUCGGCGCGCAUGGGCACCAUGAAGAUCGGCUGGCUGGACUCGCUGGCCGAGCAGAUCGGCAAGGACUACAACGACAGCGACGCCUCGUCGGGGCCGUCCAUCAAGGACAAGUACGUGACGGCGCUCUACUUCACCUUCAGCAGCCUGACCAGCGUGGGCUUCGGCAACGUCUCGCCCAACACCAACCCCGAGAAGAUCUUCUCCAUCUGCGUCAUGCUCAUCGGAUCUCUGAUGUACGCCAGCAUCUUCGGCAACGUGUCGGCCAUCAUCCAGCGGCUGUACUCGGGCACGGCGCGCUACCACACCCAGAUGCUGCGGGUCAAAGAGUUCAUCCGCUUCCACCAGAUCCCCAGCGGCCUGCGCCAGAGGCUGGAGGAGUACUUCCAGCACGCCUGGUCCUACACCAACGGCAUCGACAUGAAUGCAGUGUUGAAGGGCUUCCCGGAGUGCCUCCAAGCGGACAUCUGCCUGCACCUGAACCGCUCGCUGCUGCAGAACUGCAAGGCCUUCAAGGGCGCCAGCAAGGGCUGCCUGCGCGCGCUGGCCAUGCGCUUCAAGACCACGCACGCGCCGCCCGGCGACACGCUCGUCCACAACGGCGACGUGCUCAGCGCCCUCUACUUCAUCUCGCGCGGCUCCAUCGAGAUCCUGCGGGAGGACAUGGUGGUGGCCAUCUUAGGUAAGAAUGAUAUCUUUGGGGAGCCCAUCAGUCUGUACGGGCGGCCGGGGAAGUCCAACGCUGACGUGCGCGCGCUGACCUACUGCGACCUGCACAAGAUCCUGCGCGAUGACCUACUGGAGGUGCUGGACAUGUACCCCGACUUCUCCGACACCUUCUGGACCAACCUAGAGAUCACCUUCAACCUCAGAGAUGUAGACAGAAUCAUGCAGCCAACCCCCAGCGAGGAGUCGGACUGUGGCUACCACCGACCCAGACGCCGGAGAAACUCUCUGCACCGACGCAAUCGCCCUGAUGGAAUGGACAGGGACGACGCGUACCCGGACCAGUCGUGUGCGGCGGUAGGGAACCACCGGGGGGCGCUGUCGCGCUCCCACUGGGACGAGCUGUGCAGCAGCGGCGGCAGCGCGGCGUCGCUCUCCAGCGAGGAGGACGUGAAGGCGCUGGGCGCCGGCCGCGCCGAGCUCUACCCCACCCCCGCUGGCAACGCCGAGGCCCGCGACUACCAGCCCGCCGUCGUCAACCUGCUGCCCCCCAACAGCACCGCCCAGAGCAUGGGUACGCACCCUUAUAUGGCGCCCCCUCUGAAUGUGCCGGGGCUGUACAACUACUGGCCGGACCGGCGGCCCAGUCAGUUCUCGGAGAGCCAGCAGCGGCGCUCGUCCUCGGUGAGGGCGGCCUACGGCCCGCACGUCUGCCCUGAGGAGAGGCCCAGCGAGCUGCAGGCCCGACUAGAGCUGCUGCAGUCCCAGCUCAACAGGCUGGAGACGCGGAUGACGGCGGACAUCAACGUGAUCCUGCAGCUGCUCCAGAGGCAGAUGGCGCCCGUGCCGCCGGCCUACAGCGUCGUGUCCGCGCCGCCCCCCUCCAGCCUCUACACCUCCAGCGGCGCACAGGUGCUGCACACCGUCAACCCCCCCAUCCCCCCGCCCAUCCAGAUCAACGACCUGGUCAAGAGCCCUGAGUCAGAAAACUUCCAGCACAGGUCAUCAGACUCCCUGUCCAGUGGCAUCCACCUGACCGUGGCCUCUGACGACACCAUCUCCAUGUCCCCGGAGACGGAGAAGCAGCCUGGUCUCCCUGUGUCCUCGGCCCAACCACUGGUCCAGCCCCAGCCCCAGCCCCAGGCCACAGCCCAGCCUCAGGGCAAGGCCCAGGGUGCGGAGGACCCCUCCCAGCCCCCCCAGCUCUCUGGACUGCUGUGCGGCAGCCUGCGCUUCCCCUCCCUCCCCGACAGCCUGGAGGCUCCCAGCAGCCCCGCCGAGAUCCAGCGGCACGUGUCCGACCCUGUCCUGCCCGCCAGCUAGAAGCCCA